AGAGAUAUUGGAAGGGGAGCGGGGAGAGAGGAGAGCGAGAGAGGGAGAGGGAAGGAGAUAGAGAGGGUUGAUCCCAGGAUUGGGAGUGUGGUGGGACGGAGAGAUGAGCAGAGGCAACGAGACGGAGCCAUUACCCUUGUGCAAGGAACAUGAUGAGGUGCAUCGUCUCCAAUUGGCGUGGUAUGGGGCAGUCCUUGGACUGGGCCUGCCUCUCAACGCCAUUGCCCUGUGGGUCUUCCUCAAGGUGUUCCGACUGCGUACGGUGGUGACCAUCUACAUGACCAACCUGGCCGUCUGCGAUCUCUUCGUCACCCUGGCCCUGCCCCUACGCAUCUACUACCACGUCAACGACGUCUGGAACCUGGGCAAUGUCCCCUGCCGACUGGCCGGGUCUUUCUUCCUGCUCAACAUGUACGGGAGCUGCCUGUUCCUGGCCGCCAUCAACGUGGACCGGUUACUGGCCCUGGUUUACCCGCUGCGCUCCCGGCCGUUCCGGCGUCCGCGGGUGGCGUGGAUGGUUUGCGGGGCGGUGUGGGCCCUGGUCGUCGUGGGAUCCGUGCCCAUGGCCUUGGCCCACGACACCAGCCGCUGCCAGGUCGCCAACAGCAGCGAGGAGGAGGGCCAUUGCUUCGUGAGCUUCUCCACGACUACUUGGAACGAGAAACUCCUGCCCCUGGUGGUACCGGCCGUGAUCCUGGGAUUCCUCCUCCCACUGGUCGCUGUUCUCUACUGCUCCAUACGGAUCCUCUUCGUCCUACGGACGGGCUGGGAAGGCGGAGAGGGGGCGAGGAGACGAUACAAGGCGAGGUUCCUGCUCUUGGUCAACGCCGGCAUCUUUGUCCUCUGCUUCUUGCCCUUCAAUCUUCUCCUGGUGAUCUACACCACCUUGGAGGUUGACGGUGGUGACCAGCAGUUCAAAGACACAAUCAGUAUCGCCCUUGAACUCUCCAUCCUCCUCUCCUCAUCCAACUGUUGCCUCGACCCCCUGAUCUACUACUUCAGCACCGAGGGCUUCAGGGCCACGUUCCGUGGCGGGGGAGCUCCGACCCUUCUAUCUCCUGCUAGCCCCUCCAGGUCCCAACCCGGACGUUGGUGCUUCCUGGCAUCCAAGAAGGGGCGGAGGAGAACCGGGGGCGGGGACAGGCCGGGAAGUCCCCCGGGGGAGGGGGAGGGGGGGCAAAUGGUGUUGGGGGAGGUGGGGACGGGGGUGGAAGAUGGGGUGGGGCAGGGAACGGGGGAAGAAUGUCUGUAG